AUGGCGGCCCCUUAUCCCAGCCGUGGUGGCGGAGGCGCGGUCAAAUGCAGGGGAGGCCUGGGCGCCAGCGUCCCGUGGGACGUUCUGCCGGGGCUCGUGGUCAAGACCCCGCCCGGACCCUGCCUGCAGGCGCAGCGCAAGGAGAAGUCCCGUAACGCGGCCCGCUCGCGGCCCCCAAGCCGCAGGGGCCCGGCCGCGCUGGUCACUGAAGUCUUCGAGCAGCACCUGGGAGGACACAUCUUACAGUCCCUGGAUGGCUUCGUGUUUGCCUUGAACCAAGAAGGAAAAUUCCUGUACAUCUCAGAGACAGUCUCCAUUUAUCUGGGUCUCUCACAGGUGGAGCUGACGGGCAGCAGCGUCUUCGACUACAUCCACCCCGGGGACCACUCCGAGGUGCUGGAGCAGCUGGGGCUUCGGGCCCCGAACCUGGGGCCCUCCACCCCGCCCUCCGUCUCCUCCUCUUCCUCUUCUUCCUCGCUUGUGGAUACCCCUGAGAUCGAGGCCAGCCCCACCCAGGUGCUUCCCACCUCCCGGGUCCAGGAGCGCUCCUUCUUCAUCCGCAUGAAAUCCACCCUCACCAAGAGGGGGCUACACGUCAAGGCCUCAGGGUACAAGGUCAUCCAUGUGACCGGGCGCCUUAGAGCCCGCGCACUGGGCCUUGUGGCCCUUGGCCACACGUUGCCCCCAGCCCCACUGGCUGAGCUGCCUCUACAUGGACACAUGAUCGUCUUCCGUCUCAGCCUGGGUCUCACCAUCCUUGCUUGUGAGAGCAGAGUCAGUGAUCACAUGGACCUGGGGCCCUCGGAGCUCGUGGGCCGCAGCUGCUACCAGUUUGUCCAUGGACAGGAUGCAACCAGGAUCCGCCAAAGCCACCUGGACUUGCUGGACAAGGGGCAGGUGAUGACUGGUUACUACCGCUGGCUGCAGCGCGCUGGGGGCUUUGUGUGGCUGCAAUCCGUGGCCACCGUGGCUGGGAGCGGGAAGAACCCCGGGGAGCACCACGUGCUCUGGGUCAGCCACGUGCUCAGCCAAGCUGAGGGUGGCCAGACACCUCUGGAUGCCUUCCAGCUUCCAGCCAGCAUGGCCUGUGAGGACGUGUCCAGCCCAGGGCCGGAACCCACAGAGCCAGAGCCCCCAGUGGGAGAGAAGCAGGCUGCCCCCCCGGAUGAGAACGAGGCCUCCGAGACACAGGGCAAACGCAUCAAACUGGAGCCCGGUCCGAGGGAAACUAAAGACUCAGAGGACAGUGGGGACGAGGAGCUGUCCAGCCACCCGGCCUCACCGCGGCCCGAGUUCACCUCUGUCAUCCGGGCAGGGGCCCUGAAGAGGGCCCCGGUGCAGCCGUGGGGCCUGGCGCCUGCCGGGGACCCCGCACCAGCCCUCCUGCAUGCAGGCUUCCUGCCGCCCGUCGUGCGGGGCCUGUGCGCGCCCAGCACCAUCCGCUAUGGCCCCACGGAGCUGGGCCUCAUGUAUCCCCAUCUGCAGAGGCUGGGCCCGGCUCCCCCACUCCCAGAGGCCUUUUACCCAACCCUGGGCCUGCCUUACCCUGGGCACACGGGCACCAGGGGGCAGCGGAAGGAGGACUGAGGACUGAGAGGGCCGCCAGAGGGAUGGCGCCUCGGGGGUGGCUGAGGGCUCCACGGGCUGUGAGGGAAGGUGCUCAGCCCUCCUCGAGUAUUAAACGCCUGCUCCCUU